UGUCCAUGGGUGACCCCGCCUCGUUCUCGAGGAGUGUGGAGUCUGGCGUAUGUGGACGUUCCGCGCUGUGCUCCGGUUAGCGACUGGACGAACCAUGUCGCAGGGACCUUCCCGCCGCCCGCGGCCGGCCAAGGACCCACUGCGGCAUCUGCGCACGCGGGAGAAGCGUGGCGCGUCCUGGGAGCCCGGGGGCCCGAACACCGUCUAUCUGCAGGUGGUGGCGGCUGGCGGCCGAGACUCUGGCGCCGCUGUCUACGUCUUCUCAGAGUAUAACCGGUAUCUCUUCAACUGUGGAGAAGGCGUUCAACGACUCAUGCAGGAACACAAGUUGAAGGUGGCUCGUUUGGACAACAUAUUUCUAACCCGAAUGCACUGGUGUAAUGUGGGAGGACUGUGUGGAAUGAUUCUUACUUUAAAAGAAACUGGACUUCCAAAGUGUGUACUCUCUGGACCUCCCCAGCUGGAAAAAUACCUAGAAGCUAUCAAAAUAUUUUCUGGUCCCUUGAAAGGAAUAGAUCUUGCUGUGCGGCCUCACUCUGCACCAGAAUAUAAAGAUGAGACCAUGACAGUUUUCCAAGUUCCUAUCUACAAUAAACAAAUGCAUGGGCAGUGCCAGACAUUGAAGAGUCCAGAAAGAUCCCAUUCAGAGCAGUCUUCUGACUCCAAGUCACCUGAAAAUGAGCAACACCUUUCAGAUGGUGUUAACCAGAAAAUUGGUGGCAGGGAUCCCUUCUUGGUUGUAGCUUUCAUCUGCAAGCUUCACGUGAAGAAAGGAAGCUUUUUGGUACUCAGAGCAAAGGAGCUGGGCCUUCCAGUUGGGACAGCUGCCAUUGCCCCCAUCAUUGCUGCUGUCAAAGAUGGGAAGAGUGUCAUUUAUGAAGGAAGAGAGAUUUUACCUGAAGAGAUCUGUACUCCUCCGGAUCCUGGUGUUGCUUUUAUUGUGGUAGAAUGUCCAGAUGAAGGAUUCAUUCAGCCCAUCUGUGAGAGUGCCGAAUUCAAGAGGUACCAAGGGAACGCCGAAACUGCUGUGGCCCUGGUAGUCCACAUGGCCCCAGAGAGUGUCCUUGUGGAUAGCAGAUAUCAGCAGUGGAUGGAGAGGUUCGGACCUGAUACCCAGCACCUAAUCCUGAAUGAGAAUUGUACAUCAGUUCACAACCUCCGCAGCCACAAGAUUCAAACACAGCUCAACCUCAUCCACCCUGACAUCUUUCCCCAACUCCCCAGUUUCCACUGUAAGGAAGCUGCUGCUGCCUUUAAUGUGCCCAUAGUUCAAGGUGAAUGUCUCCUCAAGUAUCAGCUUCGUCCUCGGAGAGAGUGGCAAAGAGAUGCUGUUAUUACUUGCAAUCCUGAUGAAUUUGUUGCUGAGGCUCAUGGACUCCCCAAUUUUCAGGAGAGUGUUCAGGAAUACAGGAAGACUAUACAACAUGGUUCUAUCCCAGCAGAGAAAAAAAUACAAUAUCCAGAAAUCAUAUUCCUUGGAACAGGAUCUGCUAUCCCAAUGAAGAUUCGAAAUGUCAGCUCUACACUUGUCAACAUAAGUUCUGAGAAGUCUUUGCUUUUGGAUUGUGGUGAAGGUACAUUUGGGCAGCUGUGCCGUCACUUUGGGGAUGAAGUGGACAAGAUUCUGAGCACACUCUCUGGUGUGUUUGUGUCCCAUCUACAUGCAGAUCAUCACACAGGUUUGAUAAAUAUCCUGCUGCAGAGAGAACGAGCUUUGAGUUCUAUGGGAAAGCCAUUUUGCCCUUUGCUAGUGGUUGCCCCAACUCAGUUGAAGGCAUGGCUCCAGCAGUACCACAAUCAAUGCCAGCAGAUUUUGCAUCACGUGAAUAUGAUUCCUGCCAAAUGCCUUCAGAAAGGAGCUGAGGUCUCCAGUCCCACAGUUGAGAAGUUGAUUGCUUUGUUGUUGGAAACAUGUGAUUUAGAAGAGUUCCAGACUUGCCUGGUUCGGCACUGCAAACAUGCAUUUGGCUGUGCACUGGUCCACACCUCUGGAUGGAAAGUAGUCUACUCAGGGGACACCAUGCCAUGUGAAGCUCUGAUCCAGAUGGGGAAAGAUGCCACACUCCUGAUACAUGAAGCCACCUUGGAAGAUGGCCUGGAAGAAGAGGCUGUGGAAAAGACACACAGCACUACCUCUCAAGCUAUUGGUGUAGGGAUGCGGAUGAAUGCGGAGUUCAUCAUGUUGAAUCACUUCAGCCAACGUUAUGCUAAGAUUCCUCUCUUCAGUUCUGACUUCAAUGAGAAAGUUGGAAUUGCCUUUGAUCACAUGAAGGUCUGCUUUGGGGAUUUUUCAACAGUCCCCAAGUUGACAGCCCCACUUAAAGCCCUUUUUGCUGGCGACAUUGAGGAGAUGGUGGAACGCAAGGAGAAGCGGGAAUUGCGACAGGUUCGGGAAGCACUCCUUAAGGAGCAGGCGGGCAGUCCCGAAAACAGUAAGCCCCAGCAAAAAAGGUCCCACACGAUGGAACCUCAGAGCCCAGAGAACAAGAAGGUCAGAGCAAAAUAAAGAUUCAGCAAUGACCACGAA